AUGCCGCCGCGCAAGAAAGCCAAGGCCAGCGCUGCGUCGACGCCCCUCGCCGAUGUGCAGCCCAAGACACCGCAGGACACGGGCCCAACGGCGGAAGAGGAGCUGCUCAACGAUGCCUGGGCCGACGAGCAGGAAACGCAAUUAUUCAAGAGCAUGAUGAAGUGGAAGCCGACUGGCAUCCACAAACACUUUCGCAUGAUCUCCAUCCACGCCGACAUGCGUUCGCAUGGCUUUGCAGCUGAUGACGCUCCGCACACGCGCAUCCCUGGCAUUUGGAACAAAGUAUCCUCCCUGUACGAUCUGCCGGCUUUAGAUGAGCGUGAAGAUGCGUAUACCUUCAGCGAUGACCCCGAUCCGCUCGACGCAGAAGAGGCAGCAACGAUCCCCGACUUCGAGUUGCCAGAAGACGAGUUCGGCGAGAUGAUAUGGGAGCGACGUUUUCACGGACCGGAUUCUGAAACGUCUUCCUCUCCACCCACGCUCGCCACCGAUGACGAGAAGCUGCUCUACGUGCCAGACAUGGGCAUGCUGAAGGACCAGCCCGACGGCAUCCUGUCACAGCUGGCCGAGAGCGCAGUCGAAGCGACGCCCACGCCUAAGAGAGGGAAGAGCACACGCGCAAGUAAGGGGGCUGCCAAGAGCGCGAGAGCAGGCAAGGGUCAAGCUGCAAAGAACAGCAAAGCUCAGUCCGCAGUGUCCGAUUCUGCUGAGGAAGAGGAUGAAGACGAGGACGAGGACGAGUCCAGCUCUGAGUCUGAAGAAGAGACCGCUCCCACCACCCGAAGGACAAAUCGAAGUAAAGGCAAGGCACAACCACCCCCGAAAAGGACACGGAAGCGAUGA